ACUCAGCGCGAGUAUGUUCUAAUUAAUAUUAAUGAGCUGUGUUUUCGCCGUGGUAGGCUUCGUCGGAACCGAGCACAGCUCUCCAGUUGCAGUUAUGGCGGAGCCUUCAUCGCGGCGAGAUGAUGAUGAUUGGGAUGAUUUCAACGAAUUCAAGAGCGGAACGGGACGGAAGAUUCAUCUGGAGCGGGCUCGUGUGAACGCUGAAGAGAUGUCGCUGCUGCUGGAUGGGGUUUCUGUCACCGAGCACGCGUUUGAGACGAGCCCUUACACACAGGACCUCAUCACACACUUCGACGAGAAGUUACAAUUAUGCUUCCAAAAUGUAAACCCUAAACCGGACACAAUAAAUCCAGUUUUGCCGAUAAAUGAGGAUACGAGCCUGAGAUGCGAUGAGAUCUGGAAUGCUCUCACAGAUAACUACGGCAGUGUCAUGCCGGUGGACUGGAGUCAGUCUAAAGCUCGCUCGCUUCACCUCUCAGCGCUGAGCAUUGAGGACAGACCGCGGAUGGAGAGUGUGAACCUGGACCUGUCUGAUGAUGAGGAGCUGAGGGAGCAGAUGGACACACACUCCAUCAUCGUGUCCUGCAUCAGCGAGGAACCGCUGCUCACUGCUGAACAGGUGAUCGAGGAGCUAGAGGAGCUGAUGCAGGACUCCCCAGAGCUGGAAUCAGAGCGGAUGGCUCCUCACUCAGAGCUCUCGCUCGUCUCUCACAGCAGCCGGACGGACGAGGAGCGUGAGUACGUCCCUCUGGGGGUCAGCUGUGGGGCCGUGGGGGCGUGUCUGACUCUGAGGUGUGCUCUCUGUGCAGGAGUGAGGCUGAUGUCUGCGCUGGAGCUGAACGUCCAGCUGGAGGACGUGGAGACGGCCAUACGCAGGUAUUCAGAAGAGCUCAUCCAGCAGCUGGCCGUCAGAGAUGAGCUGGAGUUUGAGAAGGAGGUGAAGAACAGCUUCAUCUCGGUACUCAUAGACGUACAGAACCGGCAGAAGCUCCACCGAGAGAUGCUGAGAAAGAAGAGGAAAGUGAAGAACGCGUCUGGAUCAGAGAGACUGCCGUCUUCUCGCUUCAGCGUGGAGGGAAUCUCUUCUGUCAUUCAGAAUGGCUUUCGCCACACUUUUGGCAAUGUGGGUGGGGAGAAACAGUACGUAACAACAGUCAUCCCUUACGAGAGAAAAGACGGACCGCCGUCACUCCAAGACCUUCAGAUCUUCACCAAAAUUUUAGAAGCCAUGAGAGAUGACAACGAGAAAGUCCCAAGCCUCCUCACAGACUACAUCCUCAAAGUGCUCUGCCCCACAUAGAGAGAGGCUCGUCUCUGCAGCGUCCCUGGAGGGAGUUAUUUGUCCUUCUUCUCACUGCAUGAUGUGUGUUCGACUUCAGCUGCGGGACUCAGUUCUUCUGUACUGAUGUGAUGGUCUGUAUUUUCCCGCUCAUGGCAGUUUUGUAGUUUGCAGUUUUCAGUGUUUGUGUGACUGGGGGAAAAAUCCAGAUCUGGACUGUAGGACUUGUCUCAGUGUAAGUGUCCACCUUAUUUUGCAGCUCAGAAAGCUCAUUUCUGUGAAUGUGAGACUUCUGAUUCAUUAGCAGCUAUAGGUACAUGCAGUAUAUACAAGAAUAACAACAUGCAGGAAACAGUAAAACUACUUUCACUACAGUGUAUUUCAGAGCGUGAUAAAAUCAAAUGAGAACAAAUACCAGUUUGAAAUAUCAAGCAGCAUACUAGACUGCUGUAAGGGCUAAAGGAGCAGGACAUGAAUGACAGCCGAAGCCUCAACAGGUGCAUCUGUUCCUACAGUAAAAAUAAGGUGGACUGAACCGUAUUAAUGUACUAAUGCCGCGCGAGUCACGUCAGAGAGAGAUGUGGCUUAGUAAAGUUAAUGUAUGAUCUAAAUCAGUGGUUCUCAACUGGUGGGUCACAACCCCAAUAUUUAUCUGCAGGCCUGUUCUCAUAAUUUCAUAUAGUACAAAUUAAUAAAAAGUAAUUAAAAUAGCAUACAAAUAAUGUUACUUAGACACACUAUAUGUGAAACUUUUGCUCAUAUCAUAUUAAUAAUUUGACAUAUUGUGUGUCAGAUCUUCUAUCCAUGCCUUGAACAAUAAGAGGGAACAAUUGUAUUUUUUAUAAUAAAGCAUGAAAAAAUAGAAUAUGUGAAUUCUAUUUGGGAAAGAAUCAGCUUUAACUAUCAGCUUUAACAUGCACUAUAAUUUGUUGAAAACACAACGUACUCGUCUCGUCACAUUCAGUACAUUAUUCAUGUAAAUGAAACCAUAUUUUCAAUUUAAAAUGGCCAUAUUUACAAAAACAAAGUUGAGUAGUUCGUAUCCCUGGAUAUUGUUGUUUAACAUUUCUAUCGUAAAAGAGUUAAAAUAUUAAAUGCUUGGUACCUCUCUGCUUCUGUGAACUUUGAUUUGAUUGGCCAACACGGUCAUUUUAAAACUUUUUUGUCAUCCUAACUAGUGAUGCACUGAUCAUGAUUUGUAAUGGUUGAUUCUGACACCGAUUUCUUUUUACAAGCAAACUGGCCGAUGCCGAUACCUGAUUUUUUUUGUUCUUUAGGCAACAAACAAGAAAGAAGGAAAGUAUACAUAAGAUGUUUAUUUGGUAUUUAUUAGGCCAAACUGGCUUUUGGCUAUUGAAAACAAUAACUCACUGUAGCUAUUGAUAUUAACGGUAGUAAAAGCGUAGUAAGUAGCCUGCAUUCAAUAGAAACAUAAGGGCUUUUCACACCGCAGGAACCUUGUCAUAGUAGCAGAACUAAUUGUGGAACUCCCCACUUUUGGGCAUUUUCGCACUGCCUUUUCUAGAACUAAAUUAGCUCCUACUCCGGAGCAGGGUCUAACCAGCUCAGCUUUUACUAACCGUGACAGAAGUAGACAUUGAUUGGCCAAACCCAGUCAAAAACACCCUCACCCGCCAUCAUUUAAAAUGCCGUGUAAACAUUGCGUCAACUUAUUCAAAUAUCAAAAACAAGCUGAUUGCAGAUUGCGCAUUUUAAGCAAAAACCGUCCGGUUCCGAUUUAUGGCCGGUCAACCGAUGCAUCCCUGAUCCUAACAGCAAACAAGAAUUUACAAUAAUAGGGGGACAAUUUGUCCAUUUCUGUCUUUGGUGGUUACAGUCCUGGUAGCAAACCCAGCUGAGAACCGCUGAUGUAAAGCAUGCUGUAUAACUGUUCCAAUCCUAAGGAUUGAUUAGUUGUCCUGUAAUGUGUGCACUUACUGUUCUUUUAAACAUGUGUUGUUUUGCUCAGAUUGAUUGACCUCCAGCGAGUGAAUUAGCUGAUGAUGCCUUACAUAACUAAACAUCUAUUCACUCGCAUCCAGCUGAGCUUUACUCCAGUGACUUUACUGUUACAGUUGUGUGUUUGAAUCUAUGCAUGGACUUGAGUGAAACCGACGGAUCGGAGCAUCUCUUCAUGACUUGAGACACAUUGAGCCUUAAACAAAUGAAUAAAUCUACUGUACAUGCUGGCG